AUGUUUCCGAGAAUACAAGGAUUGUUUCAUUCGGUGACUGACAAGAGAACACAGAACAAUGAAUGCGGCGAGAACAGUGUGACCAUCGUCACAGAAAAGAAGAUAGAAGAUGAUACCUCAGACUCUUCUAGCAGUGAAAAUGUUGAAAUAGAAGAUAAAUCGUUGCCGUUAGUGGAAACAAAUCUAGAUGUAAACCAGUCUGAAGAAAGCCACACAGCGCAGUGUUCUUGUCCGAAUUGCGACGAGGUGCUGUCCAGAUAUUCUGAAUGCAGUAUUUGCUUGGAACCGUUACAAUGUUGCGGUCCAUGCGUUUGCCCUUGGUGUGGUGGGGUCUGGUGCAACCGUUGCUCCCGUAGGAUGACAAGAUGUGCCUGGUGUCGUGGGGCACUUCGGACGCCCGCAACGCCUUGUCUAGCACUACAGCGUCUGAUCAAUGAUCUCAUGCUUCCUUGCAGAAAUUAUAGACGAGGCUGCACCGAACUCUUAACAGCAAACACGAGAUCUAAACACGAGGAAGAGUGCAAACACGACACAAUGGUGUGUCCCAUAACCCCAACCUGCUGUUCCAUACCCUUCGAAGAACUAUCAGCUCACCUCCAAUCAACGCAUAACAUCAUAGCGGUGUACUCUCAAAAGAUCAAGAUCUUAAUUGAGAACUUCCAGACUAAGUUGAAGAAGACGGCCUGCUGCCGAACAAAGUAUAAGAUCAUACUCCUCUAUCAGAAAAGCGCUUUCAUAAUCAAGGUCUGCAUCUACAACUACCACGUAAAAGUUGAAGUGAUGAGGAGGAAACUCGGGCACAUAGCUGACGCUAAAUCGGAGACGAAGAAGAGCGACUACUGUGCCUUAAUAGAGUUUCAGAGCAACUCGCUAUGCACCAAAUCAGCUAUACUAAUAGAAAACGAAGCUUAUAGUAAAAAAGCUGAAGUGCAAUGGAGUGAUAUUGUUUUGAAAUCUGAGAACGAUGAAGCAAUAACGAUACACGUCAAUAUUGGAAAAGCUGAUGGCGAUCCCAAUGUUAAAGAAAUUGCUGAGACGUGA